AUGUAUUUCUCUUUUGAAACAAUUCCAACCUUUGUGUGGGUAUUCAUAGCUAUCUAUGUUAUUUAUUGGAUUAAGAAGCCAAGAUUAAGUAAAAAUGAACCUCCAAUGGUUCCUUAUAAAAUUCCAAUAUUUGGCCAUACGUUAGAUUAUGCAAUAAAUGCCGAUAAUUUUUUGGCCGAAUGUAGACAAAAAUACGGUGAUCCUUUCAAUAUAUAUGUAUUUGGUCAGGUGUUUACAAUAGCCGGAAACGAAAUUGCUCAUGAAGUUUAUAAGCAAUCCCAUAUUUUUAGUUUGACCGUUGCUACGCGAGAUAUGUUUCCUUUGUAUCGUGUUUUAAAAAGUGUUUUGGAUCCUGGAACGUUGGAACAAGUAGUCAAAACGAUACGUGAAGGAAUUACUUCAAAAUUACCUUCAUACACUGGAAGAAUGCAAAAACAAAUUAUGAUUUAUAUUAAUAGAGAAAUUGGAGAUUGUUCUCCGAAAUAUAAUUUCUCAAGAAUGGUCGCUCGCCCAGUAGCUGAUGUUUUGGUUGGACAGAAACAUUUGAAACCUGUAUUAGAGAAAAGAUUGAAAGAUAAAAAAAUCCUUGGUGAUAAAUAUGAACCACCUUUGGAUGUAGUCGAAUAUUUUUUGAAUAAUCCUGAAUACGAAACAAAAGUUAUUACUGAUGAUUACUUGAAUAAAAUCAGUGAAUUUAUAUUUUCUAUUGUUGUCGCCUCUAUUCACACUACUUCUCGCCAUAUUACAUCCGCUCUUUAUGAUUUUGCAGGAAGACCAGAAUUAUGGGAUGAUCUCUAUGAAGAACAAGUGAAAAUUGAUAAAGAAUGUAAUGGAGAAUUAUCACCUCAACAUAUUAACAAAAUGGUGAAAUUAGAUACUUCCACUCCCCAUAGAUGCUUGGAAUCAUAUACAUUUAAAAAUGGCAUGACAAUUCCAAAAGGUCGUACAGUUCAAACUUAUUUAAUGGAUAUUCAUUAUAAUACCACAGCAUAUGGACCAGAACCAAGGUCAUUUCUUCCUUAUCAUGGUUUGGAAAAUAAUAUUCCUGCAUCAAAAACUGAUAAAGAUUAUUUUAUGUUUGGUGCAGGAAAACAUGCUUGCCCUGGAAGAUUUUUUGCUGUACAUGAAAUUAAAAUAGGUUUGCAUAAAUUAAUUUUAAAUUAUCACAUUAAGACACCAAGUGGAAAGAUUGAAAAAAAGGUACAUUAUGGACCUUUUUCUGAACCACCAGUUACUGGAUUAAUUUUCGAGAAUAGAAAAAAAUAG